GCACGCGCACAGGUAACGCGCAGAGAGGCAGAGGAGGCAGAGGAGUGAGAGGAGUGAGAGGAGUGAGAGAAGACGAGAAUGGAAGGACAAAUCCGCGCGUUUUGACGUCUCUUUGUCCUUUUUUUGACCCGGCGCCACUGACCUGAGCUGUUUCCUCUGACAAUGCGUCGACUGCGCCUCUGGGACUCGGCUCUGAACAGAGUUUUACUGCUGUAUUUGGCCGCGUGUGUCGUGCCCGGUUUGGUUCGCUCCAUCACAGUGAACACCCCCGCGGAGCUCCACGCCUCUAAAGGAGACACCGUCACGCUCUCCUGCACCUUCACCUCCACCAGCUCCCCCACCAGCAAGAUGUCCGUGGACUGGUCCUACAGGCCUCAGAGCGGAGGACCACCACAAACUUUUUUCCACUUCUCUUCGCGGACGUUCCCACCCUCGCAGGGGCAGUUCAGCGGGCGUAUAAAGUGGAAGGGGAGCCCGGCGCGCGGUGACGCCUCCAUCGCUCUCAUUAACGCCACGCUGAACGAUAAUGGGACUUAUACGUGCUCUGUCAGAAACCCCCCCGACGUCCACGGCGCCCCCACGUCUCACUCUGUGCUCACAGUGACGCCGAAAGCUCCGAGCAUUCGAUUUUCCGACGUGACUCUUCUGCUGGCGUUCAUCCUCCUCCCCUCCGCUCUCCUCACCUUCUUUCUGAUUGGCCGGAUCCUCUGUCCCAAGAAGCUGCGUAGCCAAUCGAAAUCCUUCAGAUCACCCAUCGAGGUCACGGAGGGAGAGGAGUACCCCCAGACCCCCGCAGGAGCGUCAGUGAGGAAGGCCACGUGCUGCGAGCUCUGCUUCAUGGAUCCUGAUGAAGAGGAGUAUUAUUUUAACCUAAAAAAGAGGCCGUCUGCGGAGGAAGAGUACGCAGAGUCCAAGUGCUAGAGAACCCUGCUGGUCAAAGAGUGCAACUACAACUUCAGACCUUUUCAUAAUGCACUGUGUAACUUUCUAGUAGUUGUGAUUGUGUCGCAGUACGGCAUUACAGAAGAAAGACAAAUUACAGGUCUGAUCUGUGGAGAGGUGUGUGAAGUCCCUGAGCAUAUUUUUGUUUUGUAGAACAUUUAAUAAAAAGUUGUUUAUUUGCCGCUAGAACAUUUAAAUUAUGCAUUUCUGGGUUAAUAUUUCCCCCCGAGCUACUGCAAAUGUUUUGAAUAAACGUCAUUUUGGUUUAUUUAAAGGUCUGUAUUGCUGUAUGUUGUUUCCUCAUCAAAAACAUACUAAUUUUCUUCUCUCAAAUAGAAAACACUCUGUUCCACCUUGUGAUGUCAUCAUGUGGUAAUACAGGAGGUGCUCCGCUGUGUUUUUAAACUCCACACGCCUUCAUUUCUAGAAUCAUUUGGAUAAUUUCAGCUCAGGAAUUGACACUUAUCUCUACAGAACUAAAAGUAAAAGGAGCUGUUAACUUGAAAACUACCACUUGAUGACAUCACAAGGUGGAAUGGAGCAUUUUGAGCUGUAGAAGAUUACUCAAACGUGUGAGAAUGAGACAAAACACAACUCCAGGUCUGUUUUUGAGGAGGAAACAACAUUGUAAUGUGAUUUAAAGCUACAAAAAUCUACUUUGUCUUAAUAUAAGACAUUUAAGACGCACUAGGUAUCAUUUUUUUUUGCUAGUAGCUUGUUUUUGCAUCUCGUAUCGAAAUGAGCACUAAUGUGUAUUUAAAUCAUGAUCAUUUCUGUUGCACUGUGUCUGAAUGUCAUUUUGUGAAGGACGUUUCUUAAUUUAUUGCCGACGCUGUUAAGUAAUGGUACAUUUCUGUUGUAUAUCUUGUAUGAAUAUAUUAUAAAAAUCUAUAAUUGUUCAGCUACUCUGUAAAUAGCAAAGUCGUUUUUCGUAUCGCCAUAAUUUCAGCCGCUCCUUUUACAGUUUGAGUUUUGGUUAUGGAUGCAUGGCUUGCUUUCCCAAUUAAAGUUUUAAGUUAUGUUUUUGCCUAAAUAAAUACUUUAUGACAUGCUG